AACAACACAGAGGCUAGUCACGUCAGCUGCUUGGUACUGUGCUUGGCAAAAGUCUCUCAGCAGGACAGUAAUACAUCUCACUUGUAAUUAAACAACAAUGUCUUCAGUUGAGUGUCUGAGAGAGUUAAUGAACGAGCGACUAACUGCUGCUGCUGAAGAAAUAUUCCGAGUUUUUCAGAAAACUAUCGUCGAGUACGAGAAAGAGAUCGAUCGUCAGAGCAGACUGCUGGAUAUCGUUUGGAAACCUGAAAUAAAGUUACAGAGAAUAGAACUUCUACAGCAGCAUGUCUGUAAGGAGGAGGAGGUUCUCGCUGACCAGCAGCUCUGUAACCAGGAGAGGAACUCUAGUCUGGACCAAGAGGACCCAGAGCCUCCACAAAUUAAAGAGGAACAGGAUGAACUGUGCACUAGUCUGGAGGGAGAGCAGCUGGUGCUGAAGCAGGAAACUGAAACCUUUAUGUUGACUCCUGCUUGUGAGGAAAGUGACAACAGUGAAGAUCAGACUCUGGACUUGAGUCCUGAUGAACCUGAGAGUGAAGCAGAGAAAGAGCAUGUUGUCAGCAUGUUAGUUAAAAGCUCAGUGGUACCAGAAACAAACAGUGAUGAUCAGCUCCUCUCUCACAACUCUCAUGUAGCUGAGAGCCAAGAUCACAAAGGAGGCAAACAAGGAGACUCAGGAUCAACUGGAAACACAGAGACAAAACCACAGAAGAGACAUCAUAACAGCAACAGUCACACGAACGACCUAGAGUCUCCAGAGAUUAAAGAGGAACAGGAGGAACUCUACACCAGUCUGGAGGUAGAAGAGCUGGUACUGAAGCAGGAGACUGAAACCUUUAUGUUGACUCCAACUUGUGAGGAAAGUGACAACGGUGAAGAUCAGACUCUGGACUGGAGUCCUGAUGAAACUGAGAGUGCAACAGAGAAAGAGCAUGUUGUCAGCAUGUCAGUUAAAAGCUCUGUGCUGAGAGCCAAGAUCACAAAGGAGGCAAACAAGUAG